AACAAAUAAAAUAGAUUCAUUGUCCACAUCAUCAUGUCAUUUCGCGCGCAGGACUUACGUGCUUUGAUGUCCUUUUUCUCACAAAAAUCAGCCUCUGGCAAUAUUAUCUCGCUGGCACUGACACAGACUAAUGACACAGUCAAUUCCACAUUUAAUAUUAGUGAUAAUGAAAGUGUUGUGUUUUCAACUGCAAAUCCUAACAGUAAUCAAACUAGUCCGAUUAUACCGCGAAUCAGUUCGGAAAUGCCAAUUUGGUUGAUUCCGUGCUAUAGCAUCAUUUUACUCUUUGCAAUUGUGGGCAAUUUAUUGGUGAUUUCAACUCUUGUGCAAAACCGUCGAAUGCGAACGAUAACCAAUGUUUUUCUACUUAAUUUGGCAAUAUCGGAUAUGCUUUUGGGUGUGCUUUGCAUGCCAGUCACGCUUGUUGGAACUCUACUGAGGCAUUUCAUCUUUGGCGAAUUUCUAUGCAAACUGAUACAGUUUUCACAGGCCGCAUCUGUUGCCGUCUCAUCAUGGACAUUAGUGGCGAUAUCCUGCGAACGCUAUUAUGCAAUCUGCCACCCGUUACGUUCUAGGACAUGGCAAACAAUAAAUCAUGCUUAUAAAAUAAUCGGUUUCAUAUGGUUCGGUAGUAUAGUUUGCAUGACACCCAUUGCUGUAUUCAGUCAAUUAAUUCCGACCAGCAGACAAGGAUUACGUAAAUGCCGCGAAAACUGGCCUCGAGAUGCUAUCGGCUAUGAACGCUCGUACAACAUUUUAUUGGAUCUCAUUUUACUUGUAUUACCACUGCUAAUACUGUGCGUGGCUUAUAUACUAAUAACUCGUACACUUUAUGUGGGCAUGAAGAAUGAGCGGGCUAUGAUAUUCGGUAGCAGUUCGAAUAAAGUCAGCACACAAGUUGAGGCAGUGGCUACAGUUACCACGUCACCAAUGCCAUCGUUCGGGUUUAAUUUGAAUAUGUCAUUCCGUUGCCAUUCCCGCAAUGGUGGCAAUGGUGCUGUUGGCACAACUGUAGGCGGCAAUAAUGCAAACAAUAAUGCGGAAGUUGAAAUGGUAUACCAGCAACAACCACAAACACAACGUCAACAGCAUCAACAACAUCAACAACAACAACAUCAACAACAACAGUGUUAUGAUGACAUUACUCAACAAGGCAGCAAACGAAAGUUGUUAACCGCAUCUGAUGGACGUCGAUAUUUGUACUGUAUGCGCUCAUCGUCAGUUAAGUCAGUGAAUCGCAACAACAAUGGUGGCAAUACCAUUAAUGGGAGUAGCGUGGGCGGAAUUUCUCCAUCACCGUCCAUGACUGUGAUUAACGUGCCACAACAACAACGAUUUAAGCUGCAUUCGCAACGCCAACAACAUCAUCUACAGUGCGAUGUGGACCGCCGUAAAUCGAAUUCAACGCCAAGUUUACGUAUAACACAGGAAGCAGCUCUAAGGCGAUCUAAUGAAACGAAAAAUCUUGAGAGCAAAAAGCGUGUUGUCAAAAUGUUAUUCGUACUUGUGUUAGAAUUUUUUAUCUGCUGGACACCUUUGUAUGUCAUCAAUACUGUGGCUAUGUUUAUUGGACCUGCAAUUUACGAAUAUGUUGACUACACUUCAAUUAGCUUUUUCCAUUUACUUGCGUACUCAUCGAGCUGUUGCAAUCCAAUUACAUAUUGUUUCAUGAAUGCGGGUUUCCGGCGAGCUUUUCUAGAUACAUUCAAAGGUAUGCACUUCAAUCACGGACGAUUUUGGCGCAAGCGUCCCAAAAAUGAUACGAAUUUAUCAGUUGCGGGAAAUUCCAUUGCUCUGGCAAACAGUGGUGCCACUGUCAUCUCAACUACAACGAUGCUUGACAGUCCGAGACUUUGAGGACGUGGUCGUGAUAACGUCAGAUGGCAACGCCGUUUGGCUGAUUCCGUAUAGAGUGAAAGAAGUGAAAAGGGUAUGCUGUGAAGUAUAAGUAGUGUAUGUAAUUUAAGAAUUUGCUUUAUUAAUGAUUUGUGCUAAUUAAAUCGUAUACUUGUGAUUUAAAUAAAAUAGAAAUCGAGAAUU